AUGUGCCGUUUUAUCUCGCUAUUCUAUGUUGACCCACGGUCCGUUGCUGCGUGCCCACGUCGGCAGUCUUGCCGCCGGUAUGGCGGACCAGGGAAGCCAGACCAGAUGCGCCAGAUACCUGUACAUUUCAGAACUUGGGAAGUGCAAACCCAGCGGUUACCGGCGCUAGUUGUGCCUUCUUCCCGAUCGCCCCCACCCCCUCGCCCCCAACGGAGUCGGGACGUAAAUGAGACCAGGACGCGCCUGCAAGCCCGCCUGGGCCGGCAGACUUGUUCGCUUGGGCCCUUCCAGACUUUCAUCAUUCCCCCUCUCCUACAGCAGACUUGUUGCUCUCUCUCCUCCUCCUCUUCCUCUUCCUCGUCCUCCCACCUUCGAAACGCGAUCGAGCCUCAUCAACCCGUCUCAGAAAUGGCCACUCCUCUUCCCCACUAUAGCGACUCCUCUCCUCUACAGUUCAUC